AUGGACCAAACUCUCUAUGCAGACGAAGGGGCUGUUGGGAAGAUGGAAGAAGCAGAUGGAGCAAUGAAGAAUGUGGAUCAGGAAGGAGAGGAUGGGGCCAGAGAGAGGGAAGCGGAUGGAUCAGGGGAGAGUGGAGAGGAUGGGACAGGAGAGGCAGAAGGGGAUGGUGCAGGUGAGAGUGGAGGGGAUCCGGCAGGAGAGGCGAAAGAGGGUGGCGCAGAGGGGAGCGGGGGUUGUAAUCAGGCUGCAGGAGCAGCCACAGCCGCAGCAGCAGCAGCAGCAGCAGCAGCAGCAGCAGCAGCAGCAGCAGCAGCAGCAGCCACAGCAGGCGGUGAAUGGUGA